AUGAACCCAUUCUACAAACUCUCCUUAUCGGCGUCCCAAUGGCAGUUCAAGCAAGCCGAUAACGAGUCUCACGACGCAUGGCUUCCUGCACCUGCGAUUCCAUCAGUGGUGCAUCAAGACCUCCUGGCCAACAAAAAGAUCUCUGAUCCUUUAAUCGGCUUCAACGAACUUGAUGCAGAAUGGAUCAGUGAAAAGUCGUGGAUCUACCGCACUACAAUACAGAAGCCAGCGAUUCCAGAAGGUGCGAAUUCCUUCAUUGUCUUUGAUGGCCUCGACACAUUUGCAACUGUCUAUCUUGACGGCAAACUCAUAUUGCAGAGUGACAACAUGUUCUUAACGCACAGAGUUGACGUGACGAGUCAAUUGCUCGAUCCUAGCAGACAAAGCUACACUUUAGAGGUCGUGUUUGAUUCUGCUCUGCUCAAGGCACGGGAAAUUCAGAAAAGCCAUCCGCAGCAUAAGUGGGUUGGGUUCAACGGCGAGACAGCAAGGCUCGCAGUACGAAAAUCACAAUACCACUGGGGAUGGGAUUGGGGCCCGCUCUUGAUGACAGCUGGUAUCUGGCGUGAUGUGCGUCUAGAAAUAUUCAGUGCAAGAAUAGCUGAUGUUUGGACCGAGAUAAAGCUGUCCCAUAAUCAUGAGACAGCACAUGUAACGGCCUUUGCAAAGGUUCAGUCGAGCCAUGAGUUAAAUGGGCACCAAGGGACAUUCUAUCUUAAAUUCGGUGGGCAGGAGCUUGCUCAUCAGGAUUUUGUUGUUGGCUCUGAUGGUACCGGUUCGACAACGUUUACAAUCGAGCAGCCAAAUCUAUGGUGGCCGAACGGAUAUGGUGACCAGAGUCUAUAUGAAUUGUCAGUUGCCGUAACGCAAAAGGGUGGUGAUACACUUCAUCAAAUCUCCAAGAGGUUUGGUAUCCGUACUGCAGAAAUCGUUCAGAAACCGGACAAACAUGGAAAGUCAUUUUUCUUUCGCAUAAAUGGUGUUGACAUUUUCUGCGGCGGUUCUUGCUGGAUUCCUGCGGACAGUUUUUUACCUCGAGUCAGUGAAGAAAAAUAUCGAAACUGGAUCAAAUUAAUGAUUAGGGGAAACCAGGCUAUGAUCCGUGUCUGGGGAGGCGGGAUAUACGAAGAAGACGCCUUCUACGACGCUUGUGAUGAACUAGGUGUCUUGGUUUGGCAAGACUUUAUGUUUGGGUGCGGCAAUUACCCGACCUGGCCUACCCUAUUAGAUUCAAUCAAACGAGAAGCAAUAGAGAAUGUUUCACGGCUCAGGCAUCACCCAUCUAUUGUGCUCUAUGCUGGAAACAACGAAGACUACCAGGUUCAGGAACAAGCCGGACUGACAUACAACUUCGAUGACAAAGAUCCCCAGCAGUGGCUGCAGACCGAUUUUCCCGCACGUUACAUCUAUGAGAAUCUCUUGCCCGCAGUAGUUAAGGAAUAUUCACCACAUGUCUUCUACCACCCUGGAAGUCCGUGGGGAGACGGAAAAAUCACCUCUGAUCCAACGGUUGGUGACUUACACCAAUGGAACGUAUGGCACGGCAGCCAGGAAAAGUAUCAGAUAUUCGGGACCAUUGGCGGCAGAUUCAAUAGUGAAUUCGGCAUGGAAGCCUUUCCUCAUCUUAAAACAAUUGAAUAUUUUGUUGAAGACAAAAAGGAUCUUUUCCCACAGUCCCGUGUGAUUGAUUUCCAUAACAAAGCAGACGGCCAUGAGCGCCGGCUAGCCACUUAUCUGGUGGAAAAUUUGAGAACAGCCACUGAUUUGGAGACUUAUAUCUACCUAACACAAGUUGUGCAGGAAGAGACAAUGAUGUUCGGCUAUCGUGCAUGGAGGCGCCAAUGGGGAGAUGAACGUCAUUGCGGCGGUGCUUUACUCUGGCAGUUGAAUGAUUGCUGGCCCACCAUCUCCUGGGCCAUAGUUGAUUAUUUUCUCCGACCAAAGCCUGCAUACUACGCCAUGGCGAGAAUACUCGCUCCUAUUGCGGUAGGGGUGCAGCGCGAACAUCAUGACUGGAGCGUGUCGCAUGCACGUCCAGCAAAAACAAGCAAAUUUGAAUUAUGGGCGGUGAGCAGUCUGCAAGAAGAAGUCAAUGCUCUUGUAGAGCUCAAGUUUAUCUCGAUUGAUACGGGCCUUGAGAUUCGAGAUCGUAUUGUUCAUGAGAACAUUAGGCUAGUCGCGAAUGGGACCACGAACAUCAUUUUAGACGGUGUCAUUGACCACAAGGAGUAUCCCGAAUCACACGUUCUUGCGGCUCGUGUCUGGGUCGAUGGACGGUUAGUGGCACGCGAUAUCGACUGGCCACAGCCACUAAAAUAUUUAGAUUUUAGCAACAGGGGCAUCAAAGUGCAUGAGACUGACCAGGACUCGUCAGAAAGCAGCGGGAAAGGACAGCGGAGUAUUACUAUCAGUACAUUAAAACCAGUCAAGUGCCUUGUGUUUGAGGAGAGAGACGGUAUCACAAUUAGUGAUAGCGCCUUGGAUAUUGUACCAGGAGAUGAUCAGGUUAUCGAAAUCGAGGGGUUGAAACCAGGCGAUGAGCCAUUGAAGUGGAAAUACCUCGGACAGGAACUUGGUAAACGGGCUGAUCAACUACCAGAAACUACACAAUAA